CUGCCACCAGAUCAUGCAAUAACACAACAUGCGCUUCCGGACGAAACUCACCAACGCGGAGACUUUCUCCAAACUGACCGCUUCUCUUUCAUCUCUGGGCAAGACCUGUUGGAUGCGUCUCGAGGAAGGAAACAUCCGCUUCACCAUCAUCCCCGACCAAGGCACACAAGUAUGGGCGCAAUUACCUAUUGACGCCAUAUUCGACGAAUCAACCUACAUCCUAGAAUCCCAAUCCGGCGUCAUCAACCUAGAAGUGCCGAUCGGCGCGCUCCACCGUGCGCUCCGCUCCGCCGUCGACGCGAAGUCCGCUCAACUCCGCCUCACGCAAAAGGGCCGAGUGCCGCUACUAGCACUGACCAUCCGCACGCUGUCAUGGGCCCCCGGUUCCAACGCACUGGGCAUCACCGCACCAACAACAGCCCCGAGUGUGAGCAGUAACCACGCAACAACCAACACGAUCCCGCACGACCCGUCCACACUCAAACACCCCGACCCAACAACGACAACAACAACAUCAUCAUCAUCAUCAUCAUCAGUAGUCCCCACGCGCCCCGGCCGGGAACGCGAAACCGUGAUCACGCAAGAAAUCCCCGUGAAAGUCUUCCACGAGUCCGCCGUCGAGGGUCUCCAAGAACCGCGAUGCCGCGACCCAGACGUGCACAUCAUCCUGCCCAGCCUGGUGCAGCUGAAAGGCAUCUCGGAGCGGUUCACGAAACUCGCCUCGGCCGGGUCCUCGGACCACACGAAACGACAGGCCUCACUCACCGGCCCGAAACUCGAGCUCUCCGCCAACAUGCACGGCUCGCUCCGGCUUGCCAUCGCGACGGAUGCACUCCGCAUCUCGAGCGUCUGGACCGACCUCGUCAACCCGUCGCUGGAUCCGGGGCAAUUGUCCCAGGGUGAGAUGGAGCGGUUGCCGAGUGAGAGAAUGCGGGCGGUGCCCGGUGAUGAUGAGGCCGGGUGGGCGCGGGUGCGGAUCGAUGGGAAGGAUUGGGGCCGCGUUUUGAGUGUUGGGAGGUUGAGUCCCAGGGUAGUUGCUUGUUUCGUCCAUGAGACGGCACUUGUUUUAUACGUCUAUCUCCCAGGGACUUUCAACGAAGAGGACUCUUGUCUAACAUACUAUAUCAACUCAUAUGCGGCUUGAAACUAUCCGGCGAGGGUCUAUGUCUCGAAAUCUGAUCACGAAUCUCCUUGGAAUCUGUAUACGGCUUUCAUCUAUACCUGC